AUGGCAGCAGCUGGCAUGGGACAUCUCGAAGUGGUCAAGUUUCUAUACGAACAUGGCGCAGCUGCCGAUAUUCACACCACGACCGAUGAUGGCGUCACUCCAAUCAUGGCAGCAGCUGGCAUGGGACAUCUAGAAGUGGUCCAGUUUCUAUACGAACAUGGAGCAGAUUCCGAUAUUCAUUACACGACAAAUGAUGGCAGGAGUCCAUUGUAUGCGGCUUCUAGUUCGGGCCAUCUGCAAGUGGUCAAAUAUCUGUACAAGCACGGAGCAGCUGUCGACAUGCACACCACCACAAAGUAUGGCGCGACUCCAAUCUUUGUAGCAUCCGAGAAAGGCCAUCUCGAUGUGGUCAAGUUUCUAUUCGAACAUGGAGCAGAUGCUGACAUCCAUACCACGACCAAGGAUGGCUGGACUCCAAUCUUUGUAGCAUCAGGGAACGGCCAUCUCGAAGUGGUUCAAUUUCUGUACGAACACGGUGCAGAUACGGACAUUCAUACCAGGACAAAGCAUGGCUGGACUCCAUUAUAUGCGGCCUCAACUUUUGGCCAUCUUGAAGUCGUUAAGCUUCUAUAUGAACAUGGAGCAGAUGCCGACAUUCACACUACCACAAAGGAUGGUUGGACUCCAUUGUGUGCGGCUUCAUAUUUGGGCCAUCUCGAAAUUGUCAAGUUUUUGUACCAGCAUGGAGAUGAUAUCGACAUUCAUACAAUGGCAGAGGAUGGCUGGAUAGAAGUCAUACAAUAUCUACUGGCCCGGGGGGCUGUGGCUGACACCGUGGACCGGUAUGGUUCAACGCCAGUUUUUGCGGCUGUAAGAAACGGGCAUCAGAUGGCUGUUGCAUAUUUUCUUUGCUUUCAGGCCGCUUACGUUCAUUUUGAAGACGGUUUUGGUCAGACCUUGCUCUGGUGGGCCAAAAAAAGUGGGAAUACACAACUCCUCAAGGACGUCAUACAAUUUGCUCGAAUGCGAGGCAUCAAAAUCUGCGACGAUGAUUUGAUUUAG